GAUACCACUAUGCGGAGUUUUGUGCUUUGUUUCUCGACGUUUCUUGUUGGCUUGCUUUGUUUCUCGACGUUUCUUGUUCGCUUUCUCUCACUUCCGUUUCCGACCACCAAGCUGGGCCUUCUGCAAAGCCUCCUGAAAUCCCACAGUUUGGUGGAACAGCGGUCAGGUACGAAAACCGACGCCCCAGACAUCCCAGCCGUCCCAGAUGCCCCAGAAACUUGGCCAGAAGCUUUGUCACCAGCGCCACCAGCGCCACCACGGCUGGAUCCAAGUUGUGAGAUUAGUUCCAGAUCUUUGGAUUGGGGCUGGGAGGAGGUUUGCCAUUUGACCCAUGGGGGGGACGAAGCCUGCGAGAUGUUUCUGGCUUCAAAGAUGUACCAAGAUGAGAGGAUCUUCGUUGAGACCGCUCGAAGGUCCACCGAUAGCACCUAUCAUCCCAACUUGGCGAGGCUCAAGGCACGAGUGGUCCAAGCUGUGUCUGAAGGUCGGCCGGUGAAGAUUGUUGGCAUGGGUCCUUCCACAACAAAAGGAGUGGGAUGUCCCAACCAGCAUCUGCGUUGGACAGAUUCCUUGCAAAACUUAUCCAGCUUCAGAGGCAGCCCCUUACCACUGGAAGUGAUCAAUGAGGCACGACCGGCCACCAGGUUGCAGCUCAAAUGGCGGCAAGUGCUGCAGAAAUAUCAGAAUGACCGAACUCUGGACAUUGUCGUCAUUGAUUAUAGCGUCACUGCCAAUGAUGCCUCUGAUGCCAAGAGCGGUGCGACAACGAUCUAUGCGUAUCUGCAAGAUUGGAAACGGCCUCCAGCCCUGCUGUUUGUGGAGACCUUCUCGCGGCCAGUCAUGCACUUGCUGAUGCUGCACGGCAGCACUCCCUGCGGUCUCGUUGCAAACUUCACGAGCUCGGAUCCUUUCUACGGUGCCGCGAAGGCCUUCCGCCUGCCUUUGUUGAACUAUCCCGACAUGGUUUGUCAGAUGCCACCCUUGAACCGGAGUACCAGGAGUAUCAACAAGAUGCCUUUCCUGCAUGCUUACGACGACGUAAGAAGCAAUGCGCCGGUCCAUUACGGAUGUGGUGUACAUUUCAUUUUGGCACACACCGUCCAUCGCUACCUCCUCCAGGUGCUGCAGGAAUCCUGCGAUGUGGGAUCCCAGAAAGUGUGCACUGGAACUUUGAAGGAUUUUUGCGAAAAAGGCUUUCAAGAAACAUUGGAAGAGGAGAAGAUGCAGAAAGAUUUAGUGGUCAAUCUCUCCAAAGCAGAGCGAUGUGAGAUGCAUAUCACCACGUAUUUGUCCCACCUAAGUGACACUGGAUUUCCUGCUUUUGUAUCGGCCAACAGCUCCAAAUGGCGCCUGGGUGCAGACCGGCCCGGGAAGUACGGAUGGAUAGCCAACGAGGAACCACAGAUUCCCUUGGUGCCGAAGGUUAAUAAGGUUCACCGAAGAUGGCCAACAUUGAAGCAGUAUGGCAGAUAUGCUGAGCUCAAGCCAGGUGAAAUCGUGUUUCUGGUGCGCCUGACCGGGGGACUGAUUUUUCUCGAGUAUUUGUCCAGCUAUGAAAACAUUGGGUCGGCCACCUGCCAACUUGAAGAUAUGGAGCAAAACCCCCUGGGAGCAGCGGUAAAGAUUGAUGCUUUGUGGUCAGAAAAAGUGUCCAUCACCACACGCGUGACGUUAGAAGCCGAGAAGAUACCAAGACUUCGAAGGGGUUUCAACGCUGCAGUCCGGUGCACAGAAGAUGGCAAGAAGUUCAAGCUUCUAGGAAUUGCUAGUUGCUGA